AUGUCGGUUUUAGACAGCGAAUAUCCAAAAGCGGAAAGUGGUAGGCCGUUUCUACCGGAAGAAAAUAAAGAAUUUGUUAAGCUCUUUAAUGAGCAGAAAUUCAGACCUAGAACUGGUAUUUUAAAAGUCUGGUUUGAAUAUUCUACUAACAUGUUCUUCCAACCCAUACAAGCUAAAGAUAAAAUUACUUUUACGAACAAAGAAGGUAUUAAGGAAACUGGCACUAAAAUCAGGUUCAGAAAUGGUUUCUGUCACGAGGUUUUAAUAUCGGUGGAUAUUCAAGAAAUAGUUAAAGCCAGUGGACGAAUUAUUAGAAUAUUAGAUGGUAUAGUUUACGAAAAAAAUUUUAAAACUCCACCCUAUAGAGAUUAUAUUUUAAUUUUGAGAGAUCUAAGAAAUAAAUAUAAACGAGAAGAUGGAUUUCAUAAGCCAGAAAUAUACGAUACAGAUACUGAUAGUUUAUACAUUUCGUCAAGCAAUUGGGAUACAUUAAAUGAAUCUGGGUUGGUGUCCGAAAAUGAUUAUUGUAAAGGAAAGAAUGAUUACGGUGAUGGUGGAAUUAUAUAUGGUUUAUAUUUAGCGCCAAAAGUUAAAUAUAAUAUCAUUCUAACUUCCGACGGUAUUCUAAAAGAAAAGAAAACGUUUAAGGGUUACUCUAAUGAUAAGAUAGCUGUCGAAGAUUACAUUCAGUUAGCUAGUGGACAUGAUGUGACGAAUGAAUUUAAGAAACCAUGGGAAAAAAGUUUCACCAAUGGAGUAGUUAUUCCAAAGGAUGACGAUAAACAAAUGAAAGUUUUCAGAAGUUAUCUGACUCUCGUUAAGAGAAAAGCACCGGGCGAUGUAGGAAGUAUGAUUUCGAUUAUCUAA